AUGGCAUCCGAAAUUACCUCAAAUACCUUUCUCACCACCACAGGUUCUCCAUCAGACCCAAAGACGACAAUCUUCUUCAUCUCCGGCAACCCGGGUCUGAUCGGCUACUACCACCCAUUCCUCUCUCUACUUUCGAAGUAUCUAGGCGAGGAAGAGGAAAAUUCACCAAGCUUACAAUCAUUCCAAAUCUACGGCUCAUCUCUCAGCGGCUUUGAGAUUGACGAACACCAGCCCUCGCCGCCACCGAACAAUGGCGUUGAUCUCGAUCUAGAAGGUCAGAUACGCUUUGUCCAGGGAAAGCUCGCUGCCCUAAUGGGAGACCAAAGAAGCGGCAAUGGUAACGGUAAAGCUACCGUGGAUGCUGGAGCUAGACAGAAAGUCAUCCUGAUCGGACACUCCGUUGGCGCAUAUAUCGCCAUGGAAAUCCUAAGACGACACCGCGAAGCGAGCCCAGAAAGCACCUUCGAUAUCAUCGGCGGAGCAAUGCUCUUCCCGACUGUCAAGGAUAUCGCUGCGUCGCCUUCAGGACAGAAAUUGACGACUCUACUUUCAAUCAUUCCCCGUCUUGCGGUGGUGGUCAGUCUCUUCGUCCGACUACUUACAUUCCUGCUCCCGACAUCGCUUCUUCGAUAUGUGGUCCGGCUCGUCAUGAACGAUCCCCCUGCUCAUGCUUUGGACGCUACGUGUGCUUUUCUGAAGAGUCGCGGUGGGGUACGACAAGCUUUACAUAUGGCUGCUGAUGAAAUGCGGACUAUCACUUCGGAUAAAUGGAGUGAUGAUGUCUGGGGCGCUGCAUCGGCGCGUGAGCCUAUCGCAAAGCUGUUUUUCUAUUUUGGUCGUAAUGAUCACUGGGUGGCUGAUCAGACGAGGGAUGACAUUGUUGCGGUGCGUGGGCGGAAGGGAGGACAGGCUGGGCCGACUAUGGUUGUUUGUGAAGAGGGUUUGCCACAUGCUUUCUGUUUGAAACACAGUGAUGUGAUGGCACGAAAAGUGGCGGGGAUGAUUGGGCAGAUUGUGGCUUGA